AUGUCGAGCCCAGAAACUACAAGACCAAACAACAAUGAUGAAUUUGGUCUGACAACUCAACAAGACAAGAUUCUAGCUUUGACAACACUCAUCUCUACAAUUUCACUGGCGACGUUGGAUACCAAAGCCGGCUCACAAAUGCUAGGUGGUGGAAAAUCUGCACUCGCAAACGCACUUCCCCAUCGCAUCGACGUCUCACUGCCCAAAACACCGAUUCUGGUUGAAAGUGUCUCACGCUCAUACGUUCGAGGUGCUACGGCUUGUGCAUUCUUCUAUCUCGCGUACAAGGACUUUCGGGCUGCACAGCUGCGCCAGAAGAGGUUGGAAGAUGAGGAUGUUUCGGUAUGGAGGUGGAAGUACUGGGCUGCAUGUGGUGCGGCGGGUGUGCUGGCGCAGAGUCUUGGUCCGUUGCCUGGAGGUGUGUGGGAAAAGAUUCAUAAACCUAAUGGUAACGUUAAGGGGCAGGCUCAGAGGCUGGGCGUAAUGACAUUGGCGAAGGGAGGGAUUUUGAUGGCUACCGUGCCGUUUUGUUUGAGUGCUUGGAGAUCUUUGUGA